AUGUCCGAUCGAAUACCACUUUAUGAAGAGUUUGAAGAUUAUAUAAAUGAAGAUCACAUCAGUGAGUUCGCCAAGGCCCUAGUAUGGCAAGACCAUGAUGAUAUCGCAACUACCCCCGCCACACCUAAAAGUGAACCUUUGGAUUUCGAUGAUAUAUCAUCACUGGGAACUGAAGAAAUAGAACAGGAUACAAAUAAUAAUACUUUGAUUGGAGAGGGGGCAGAACUUGGCAUUUCACCCACUACUAAGCCAGAUAUGAUUACAUCAAAAAGUGAUUGGUUUCCGGUAAGUGCUUCCAGUGAUAAAUCGAAGUCCAAGUCAAAUUCCAAAGACAAAUCCAGGAAGUCAUCUUCUGGUAUUGUCUCAUUGCAAAAUGAAUUUAGAAAUAACAUAACCUAUACAUUGCUACGGUGGCCCAUCUUAAUAGCUGUUUUCAUCUGGGUAGCAAUCUUAGGGACUUUAUAUUUUUGGAUAAGAGUCCAUGUGGCACUAAAAGAAUACUUCUUCACCUGGAGAGGCGAGCGGAAGAAAUUACGUCAAAAGUUGAGACAAUCAAAGUCUUAUGAGGAAUGGGUAGAAAACGCUAUAAACUUAGACAAGUAUUUGAACUUAGAUAAGUGGUCAGAAAAUCCGAAAUUUUCGUAUUAUGAUUACAAGACGGUGGGGAUGACCAUUUCAAGGUUGAAAAAAGCUCGUGCGGGUAACAAUAUUCAAGAAUUACAAAUACUUCUACAAGGAAGUUUGAAACGGAAUUUUGCUGGAAUUGAAAAUAGACAAUUGUAUUCACAUAGAUAUUAUGGAACCAAAAACUUGGUGCAGUCGUAUUACGAAGAAGUAUUACGUUGCAUAGAUAUAGUUGCUGAUUCAAAUGAAGUCUCACCCGAAGUCAAGUACAAGUUUUUCAAAAUUGUCCUGAAAAACUUUGGUAAAUCAGCCUUGUGUUUGAGUGGAGGAGCUACUUUUGCUUAUACUCAUUUUGGAGUUGCGAAAGCUUUACUUGAUGCAGGUUUAUUACCAAAUAUUAUAUCGGGUACAUCUGGGGGUGGGUUAAUUGCUGCAUUAUUAUGUACAAGAACUGAUGAGGAGUUAAAAAAGUUAUUGAUUCCACAAUUGGCAAGGAAAAUAACUGCUUGCGAAGAUCCAUGGUAUGUGUGGAUCCCAAGAUUAAUCAAGACUGGGGCUAGAUUCGAUUCAGUGGCAUGGGCAAGGAAAUCAAAUUGGUUUACAAGAGGAUCAACAACAUUUGAAGAAGCAUUUGAAAGAACAGGAAGAAAGUUGAAUAUUAGCACCGUCCCUGCUGAUCCGCAUUCGCCUGUUAUCUUGUGCAAUGACAUCACUUCUCCUCAUUGUAUCAUAUGGUCUACAUUACUUGCAUCUUCGGCUGUCCCCGGUAUCCUCAAUCCAGUGGUGUUGAUGAUGAAGAAUCCUGAUAAUGGAGCAGUUGUUCCAUUCUCUUUGGGAAGCAAAUGGAGAGAUGGGUCUUUGAGAACAGAUAUACCUAUUGAUGCGCUCAACACAUAUUACAAUGUCAAUUUCACUGUUGUAUCUCAAGUCAACCCACACAUUUCAUUAUUCUUUUUUGCACCCAAGGGAACUGUCGGUAGGCCAGUCCCCGUGUCAAAAAGUAGAACAAAGAAGGAAAAAUUUGCUUCAUUUAGAGGUGGAUUUAUUGCAGCUGCGUUAGAGCAAUUAUUACGUUUAGAAAUUCGAAAAUGGUUACAAAUUGUUAAAUCACUAGACUUGUUGCCUCAUGUAUUACAACAAGAUUGGUCAAAUGUUUGGUUACAAAAUUUCACUGGUUCAGUGACAAUUUGGCCCAGGAAUAAAUUGAUUGAUUUUUGGUACAUCUUAUCUGAUCCUACUGAAAAACGAUUGGAGGAGAUCAUUAUGAAAGGUGAACGUAGCAUGUAUCCCAAAUUGCUUUACAUCAAGAAUCGAAUUUUAGUGGAGAGGGCAAUUGAACGUGGGAGACGGGUUUCUGCCAAGGCUAUGAAAGAAUCUCGAAUCAACCUUGAAAUAUCAACCAAUCAACACAAAGGCAUAGCCGACGAUGAUGAAGAUGAAGAUGACAUUGUUCCUAGCGACUACGAUCUUGCAAAAUUCAAAGCCAAGAUCGGAUUGACUAAUAAAGAUUUUGAGGAUUUUGCAGCGGGAUACAGUGGUGCUGAUCAUGAUGGAGAUGAUGAAGAUGACGAUGAAGAAGACGAUGCAUUUGAUGAAGAUUUGUUGGUUAGGGACAUGUAUGAUGAUAGUGAUACAUUUAGUAGUCCUUCACUGCCUAGUCCAAGUAAGUUCAAACACAGACGAAACACUGUGUUUUGA